AUGCAAUAUGAUGGUCAGUACCUGGAAUAUUACCAACUGGUCAGAGAUUUUUUCUCAAUCUUGAAGAAAAAUGAAAUAGAAGCAAUUGUAGUCUUGGAUGGAGUUGAUGAAGAUGACAUGAAGCUUCCUACUCUAAGACAACGACUUCUUCGCAACAUAUGGGCAGUUCAACGGCAAGAUGACAUGACUCCUUUCUUCGCAUUAGACGUGUUUCGUCACGCAGCAACCGACUCUGGCGUUGAGCUAAAAAUGUGUGACUAUGAAGGAGAUGGAGUAGCUGCUCAACUGGCAAACAGUUUGCGCUGUCCGGUGAUUUCUAGCGACAGUGACUUCUAUGUAUUAGCCGAUGUUGUGAUUCCUUUGGAAACUUUUAAAUGGGAGAAGAAUGAAGGGCUAAUAAGUUGCAACAUUUACCGUCGAGAUAAAUUUCUUCGUCACAUAAAUUUGUCAGAUGAAUUUCUUCCUCUUUUGGCUGUUCUGUUAGGCAAUGAUCUCACUAAUGAGGAGCAGCUGAAACCAUUGCAUAAGAUCAUUACACAGAAUGUUACUCUUACUUCAACUCAGUCAAACAGAAGACAUGGACUUAUCUCCGCUGUCAUUAAAUGGCUUACAAAAUACCCAAAUUACGAAAUCGCUGAAGUAGAUUUGUUAGCUACUUUGAGGACAGGCCAUGAAAAAUUUGCCUUAAUCCUGGAAAAGUCAAGAUCUAGCCCUCGUUCGUUUGCAGACUGUGGUUUGAAGAUGGUUGAUGGCAGUGUUGUUCCAGACUGGGUGAUCAAGUCAUUUCAGAUGCUGAAGUUCUCUAUGGUUGCUCUCCAAGCUGCCAGCUGUGGCAGAAUAAGGCUGCGCGUACAAAUGGAGGACAUGUCGAGCCCUAGCUCACACACAUGCUCACGUCCCAUAAGACAAGUCAUGUAUGCAAUUCUUUUUAGAGCAACUACAUAUAGUCAAUCCAAAGUGAUUGAAACUGGCAGAGCGGAUGGCUGCGUUGCACUGAAAGAUUACCAUGUUGAAAUUCCAAUGUCAGAUAAUAUUUGCGAACUUGCAGAAAUUCAGUCACUGAGUUGCCAAAAAAGGCUUGGCAUUUUGCUUUCAGCGUUAGGUUGUGAUACUGAUGAAUUUCAAAAAGUAGAUGAAGACUGGAGACUGCCUGCAGCAGCUCUCUGCUAUUGGUCUCAUCUGAAAACAACAUCACACAAGGCUGUAUAUGCUGUCAUUUUUUCUUUCGUUAGCUGCUACCUAGCAUUCAAUCAACAGACAAGAUAUUCUUCGGAUUCACUUUUAAUACAAAAAUACGACUUGGCACUUAGUCAUGAAUUUUCUCAAUUUCAAAGCGUAUUGCAUUACACUAUAAUGCUAGACUCCGUGUUAAAUUUUCCAUUGCCCGAUUUCAAUGUCGCUCGACUCUUCGAUGGACGCUUGUCACAUUAUGCUGCAUCAAAGUAUGAUACAUACAAAAAAUUCGUUGAAGCGUCAGGAGAUUCAAAGAUGUUUACAGAUAUUUGUCAACUUUUGGGCAGACAGCCAGGUGGUAGUCAUUUCAAACAUGACACUAGAAAGAAAGAAAAGCGAAAGAAAACGAUACAUGUGAAUCCAACAACGACCGGACAUGCCUCUGGUAGCAGAUUUACAUCUCUUGAGCUUGAGCAUAGUAAUGACUCUGAUGUUGAGGUUGCUGUUGAUCUUACUGCAAGCGCGAGCCCAAAAAAUGUAGAAAAACAAAGAGAAGAAGAUGAAGCACAAACCCAACAUGAAAAUGAUGACGACAAAGCCAACGAGUGGACAACCGUUACAGUAAAGAAACAGGCAGGCAAGAAACAGCAAGAUUGGUAGUCAAUCCGCUGAGGAGCUAAAACAUGCAGGAACCGUAUGUGCUGACUGUCAGAAGCUGUUACUGAGAUCUUUUCAAACUGAAUCUGUGACCGUUCUUUUGUGUUAGCAUGCG